AUGCUUAUUCCAAAGGAAGACAGAAAGAAGAUCCACCAAUAUCUUUUCCAAGAGGGUGUUGUCGUUGCUAAGAAGGACUUUGAAAUUCCUCACGAUGUCAUCGACACCAAGAACUUGUUCGUCAUCAAGGCUCUUCAAUCCUUGACCUCCAAGGGUUACGUCAAGACUCAAUUCUCAUGGCAAUACUACUACUACACCUUGACUGACGAAGGUGUUGAAUACUUGAGAGAAUGGUUGCACGUUCCAGAAGGUGUUUUGCCAGCUACCAGAUUGAAGGAAUCUAUCCCAGAAAGACCAAACAGAGGUCCAAGAGGUCCAAGAGGUAGAAGACCAGCUGGUAGAGGUAGAGACUAA